AAGAAGUAGAAGAAGAAGAAUCCUCCAACUGAGAUGCUAACGGUGUUAGCUUAUCUUYGUCUGGUGUCAUUUUGAGUCCCGUUGUGGUGUCUGAGCUGAAUUUAUGGGUAUCUAUAAUCACAAUGUCUUCWCCAACGUGUAAGGAAGAGCUUAGUGACGAUGAAUUAACUCCUGUCGAACAAACAUUUACGGAACUUAAGGAAAUAAUUGUAAAGUCCGAGGAAGAGAUCGACGGUGAGCGCAGACUGCUGGAUGUCAACCGGAUACCCCAGAUAAUCGUUCACCAAAUAGAUUCGCAGCAUUAUGUUGAGAAGAAGGAGGUUCUUGUUGGCCGGCAACUUGGGAACCAGGAGAGGAGCUUCACAUUGGACCAGGAGGAACCAGAACCCUUGCAGAUCAAAGAAGAGCAGGAUGAGCUGGAACAUCUAGAGACUAAAGAGGAAGAGGAUGAAGUCUGCAUCAGUCAUGAUGAAGCACGAUUUGAGCUGAAGCAGGAGACUGAGACCGUUAUGGUGACUCUUUGUAAUGAGGAAAAAUACCAGAUUGGACCAGAACCAAAGUGGAACCAGRUCAUCUCUCAGGAUCCUUCUGGAAUUGAGAUCCAGCAUCAGGAAGGAAGCAGUGAUGAAGACUCAGAAUCAGAGACAGAUGAAAAAGAGCAAAUGCAAAACAAGAGAUGCCAACAUAAUAACAAUGCGUGUUCUUGUGAAAUUGGUGCCGAAUUUACUCCUCACAAUAGUCUUUUGUCUCAAAGCAUGGAAAAUCACACAGAGGAAAAGCCUUUCGCAUGUGUGACAUGUGGAAAAAGUUUUUCUCAAAAAAGUUUUUUGACCAACCAUGAGAGGGUCCACACCGGUGAAAGGCCUUUCUCGUGUUCAAUUUGUGGAAAAGGUUUUACUCAAAAAAUUCAUUUAACUCAUCACUCCRCUACUCACACAGAUGAGAAGCCUUUCUCAUGCUUGACCUGUGAGAAAACAUUUAGGUUCAAAAGCAGUUUGAAYAUACACGUCAGAAUCCACACAGGUGAGAAGCCGUUUCCAUGUAUGACCUGUGGAAAAAGCUUUAAUCAGAAAGGUAAUUUGAUUUAUCACAUGAGAAUUCACACAGGUGAGAUGCCGUUCUCGUGUAGCAUUUGUGGAAAGGGUUUCACUCAAAGAAGUCAGUUACAACUACACAUGAGAAGUCACACAGGUGAAAAGCCUUUCUCCUGUGUGACCUGUGGAAAAAGUUAUAGUCAAAAAGGAAAUUUAACUUGUCACAUGAGAACUCACACAGGAGAGAAGCCCUUUCCAUGUCUGACCUGUGGAAAGAGUUUCACUAUCAAAAGUCUUUUAAACAAGCACCUCCGAACUCACACAGGCGAAAGGCCUUUCUCCUGUGUGACCUGUGGUAAAAGUUUCCUUCAAAAGACUCACUUAACGGAUCACCUGAGGAUUCACACAGGUGACAGGCCUUUUUUGUGUAUGACUUGUGGAAAAGGGUUCCUUCAAAGAACUCAUUUAACAGAUCACAUGAGGAUUCACACUGGUGAGAAGCCUUUCUCAUGCAACACUUGUCAUAAAACGUUUAGCCUAAAAAGUAAUUUGAAUUUACACAUGAAAAKUCACACAGAAUAGAAGUCUUCCAAAACACGUUCAACCAAAACUGGAAAGAUCUGUUAUAAAACACACAAAUUUGCACAUACAUAUGCAAAGUUAUGUCAACAUCUCACCAUCCCAGCCUAGACUGUUAGGGAAAAGUCUAAAGCUGACUUGGAUUGGAUAGACUGUUCCCCUUAUAAUUUCCAGUCCAGUGUUUAUAUACAUAUGAAGCUGUUACAAUUGAAUGUUUAAAGCAUUUUUGUAAAGUUAUAACAACUGAAUAUGUUGAAUUUAUGUUUUUGAAGUUACUUGUCCACCUUCUAAGCUAGGUCUUGUAGUGCAUGUAGUAGGAGUUGAGUACACUGCUUUCAGCUGAUAAUAUUCAGGUUUGUUUAGGAAAACUCGAUUGUCUUUUUGUUUUAUUUCCCAGACACAAAUUGAAAGUCCAGUGUAGAGUCAGAGUGCAAAGGGACAGAACGACCCUGACAGAGCCGAGAAUCUUUGACCAAUCAAGUCUACAAACAAGUUUAAUCUACCUGUGCAAAAUUUGGUUGCAUUGGUUGAAAUCUUUCCACCAGAUGGUUUCUUGAGUAACUUCAACAAGAUGAMGUUUUGGAGUGGUAUAGCCAAACUSUGGACUGAAAUCCAAUUCGGAUACYGUGUGUCGGAUGAUCCUAAACAUGCUGUUGAAAAGCCUCCGACAUUGCAGAAUUAAAAUGUUUCCCCAGCGUAAAGUGGGCCGAAAUUCUUCAGGGGUGAAAUUAAACUUAAACACUAAUUUCCAGUUAUAAUGAACGGUUGUGACAUGUAUGACUCCACURAUUUUAUUUUUAUUUGUUAAGUACCAUGAGRUGUGUUGUGAAUUGGAAUUGGAAUAUAUGAACUGAUUUUAAUUACAUUGAUUUACUUUUUCUUUUAAUAAAAUAAUCAUUUAAAAUGUGCUUUUCAYAGUGUAAUAAGGYUACCKUAUUMCAGUAUUACAAUUUUGCUGAUAAUUUGAAGUCAAUAAAGUUUUACUAAAGCGCAAAAACAAAAGUAACUAUGUCUAUAUACUUAUAUUUCAAAUCUGUGUAUGUUGGGAACAAAGAUAAACAAUUUCAAUUCCCUUGUUUGUGCGUGGAAACAUGACCAAUAAAGCUGAUUUUAUUUCUCAUA